CACGAGGAAAGGAAAGGAACGAAACGAAACGAAACCGAGGGAGGUGGCGUCAAGACCAAAGCGGUCUUCGCUCGCCCAAGGUAAUAUAAAGCCGCGCGUCGACUUCACCUGGUUCAACUUACCUGGAACAUCGAACAGCCGCGGUGUCCAGCACGGCCAGGAAGUCCGCCAGUGCCACACCACUUUCUACCAUCAUGGUGGUGUGGUCGGUGCUGUUAUUAAUGGCAGCCAUUUUGGCGGAGGCAGCGGUACCAGACCCUCCAAGGCCCGGUAUCACCACCGUCGGGUCUUUGAAAUUAGCGACAGCUGCUGACUGUGCCGGCGUUGUCGCUUUCUCUGCUACUCAAGCUUCCGUCGACCUCGCCAGAGUAGUCCUUGCCGAGACGCUGGUCGACAAAGGCGUAGGCUACGUCGCGCAGACCGGGAUCUUCACGACCCACUGUCCCGGGCUGUAUCAGUUCAGCUUCGCCGGUUACGGCAGCACCGAUCUGCAGCUCACGCUGAAAAAGAAAUUGAACAACUCCGACAGCUGGCAGCCGGUGGUCGGCGCCGGUCCAGGCGGAGGCGCCAAUUUGAUCCUGCUGGAACUCGAGGCCGGAGAUCAGAUCGCCGUUUUCGUUGAUUCCGGGAAAAUAAACGACAACGCCACGUUCUCCGGGUAUCGAAUCGCCAAGAAGUAACUCGAAUCGAAUCGUUGAACCUCUGAAGAGACAACCGUUUCCUCAAGAUCGGAGACCGUUCCGAAAAAUCGCGUUGAACAAUCGGGAAUAUUCGAAAAGCUAAAGAUCCAUAGGACAUUCGAUCCGAAAAUUCAUUUCAAUCGAUCGGGACUCAACGUGAACUAAAAAUCCUUGAUAAGGAGAAAAACACCUUCGCUUCGGUAAUCAGCAUUUUCAUUGUUUGUUUGGUCCAUAGUUUAUUGUGAAAGAUGUUCGUUGUUAUUUGUUGAAGGCUGAUUACUGACGAUCUUGGUAUAUAUUUUAUCAUGGUUACCUGAUAUCGACCUGAUGCUGAAGAGUGCAAAAUGGAGAGAACUCGAUGUUCGAUUGAUAUUUGAUCAAACUGCGAAUUGAUGAUACAUUAUUUUCUUUUAUCGUCCACUUGCCAAACGGGAUCGCUCGUAGUGAUUGUUAUCGGAAAUUGUACGAGUUCUGAAUUGGAAAAUGAUCGAUCAGAGCGGUUUCAAUCUUCUCCGCGAACCUAACGCUUUGUGAUAGCCCUUUUACCUUCAUUCUCUCUCUUUCUCUCUCGAAAUCUCUCGUUUCUACCUUGAACUCGGAAUUCGUGAGCUUUCUUCUCUAUUCUUUCCUGUUCUCUCUUCUCCCCUUAUCUUCUCUGUCUCUAUGUACACUUUCUCCUUCCGGUGUAUUUUCAUUGUACAUAUACCUUCGUAUUCUAAACGUGUGUACAAAUCCUUCAAUUCUUAUAUACUAUUUUUUUGCUUUAAUCUUUUCUCCUUCGUAAGAUUGUCUUUCUCUCUUUCUAUCUUCCUUCCUAUUCGUUUAUUCUCUCUGAUACCUUGCCUCUGUACCUACGCUAUUUAUUUCUACUCGUUUCUAAUUACUUUCUAAUUAUUUCAUAUUUACAGUUACUUGUACGUCUCCCUUAUGAAUACCUGUCAGUAUUACGAUCUCAAAAUUUGCUGAAGUUGCCAUGAAAUAUUAUUAUAGACCGAAAUUUUAAGGAAGCAAAUAUUUACCUAUCUUUCUUCUUUUUCUUCUUCUUCUUCGAGGCUUCCAAGCUUUCCUCGCCUUGCACACUUUUGUCUCUUAUUUUCGUACUUUCUCUCGCCACACUGUAAUUAUAUGCUUCCUGCGACUAGUCUACUCUCUCUUUCUCCCUGGUAUUUUAUUUUCUUUCAUUACAAGCUUUCUCCUUUUUACUCAUUUCAUCUCUAAUUGCUUCCUGAAACUUUUAAUAGAAUUCUUUUGUUUCUUCAUUUUUUUACUCCAAUGUGUUGAAGUACCUGAAAUUUAUUGCGUUACUGUGUAUCUAUUAUUCACACUUCUAGGUGCUAUUUUCUGAUUCUACAUUAAGUAAAUAUUAAUUGUUUGAAAAAUUCUUCGUUCUCUUCCGUUCAUUCUUAUUCUUUUGUCUUCUCUACUUCUCUACUUUUGUCUUUUGCGAUCUAUUUCUGAACUACCUUUGUAAAUUUUUCUCUAGUUCAGAUUCCUUCUUCUUUACUCAAUUUUCUUCUACUUCCUUGUUACUCUAUGUCUCCGUUCUUCUUUCACUAUUUCUUCAUUUGCCUAUUCUAGUCUCUCUAUUCUGUUUUCUACAACUCUCACAUUCAAAUUCCUGCACGCCAAUCUUCUGGUGACUUUACUUAUUUUUUUACUUUAUUGUACUUUUACUCAAUUCUAAUUUUAUUUUUCUACCUAUUACUUUCUACAUUAUUUUAUAUCGAUAUUUCUUUUCUCUUCAUCAUCCUUCAUUUUGUUUCUUCUUCUUCUUCCUCUGUCUCUCUUUCAAAAUUCUCUGUCAUUCUUCUAUAUUUCUAUCACUUGUUUUCUCCUCUCUACUUUCUUUCUCCUUUCAUUCACUGUCAUUCACUGUCAUCUAUUUAUUGAUUCUACACUAUUAUUUAAAUACAUUCGACUCUAUUUACUUCUGUCCCUCUACUGAAAUUUCGUUGAAAAAUUUGUCUACUUUUCACUUUCCAAUCUUUUCUCUUCAAUUCUUUUCUUCUCCCCUAUGCUCUCAGAAUAUUUUUUCUCUAGUAUUUUCAAUCUUUUCUCUUCAAUUCUUUUCAUCUCUGAAUCUUCUGUUCUUCAUUUUCAGUCUACUCUUCUACUCUAUUAGCUGUUUACUCUCUGUGCAGACAUCUCACUCAUUAGUUCCGCAAACUCUGUACAUACUUGUAAAAAUUCCCGUUUUCGUCUUCCAUCUAUACUCUGUCUCUUUUCUUAGCUUCGUCUCUGUCUACAUCUCCGUCUCUUCUAUAAUUCUGUAUUCUACUCUAUCAUUUUCUUCACUUCCUCCUUCGAAAACGCAAAUUUCAUUCUUAAUCUGUUAAAUACACGCCGCGGGAAACGCGACGUCUCCUCUAGUCUUCUUAUCGAUACGAUUAGGAAAUUGAAUGCUCUAAUAAUGCUGUGCAUUUUACUUUUACAUAAGAUAUACCUUUUCUCUUCUUUCUUUUCAAAAACGUUACUAAACUUCGCUCUCUUUUUAUUCCCAUCUGUUGGUCAAUCUUAUCGUUUCACUAUUCUUUCGACUGUCUCUGCAAAAACUUCGUCUCCCUUUCGUCGACAGCUGCGAAUCUCAUUCUCCUCUUUUUCUCUCUUCUCCCCUUUCUAUCCGCUUUCUCUCGAAAUUUCUGUGACAAUCUCUCUCAUAACGUUGUAUAUAAUCUUUCACACGCUGAGAGAAUUGUGCUCGUACCAACGCGUGACAACAAUGGAAGUUUCUGUCACUCUCGCGCGGAAAAAUCUGUUCUUAUUUUCGUUCUCAUUUCUGUUCUCCCUUUCUAAUCUAGUCCUCCGCAGCUAUCGUCCACUCGAUCCACGCUGUCUCACGAAAGAACGACGCGAACACAAUCUCUGACUAUUUCUCUCCCUCGUGCUGUGAUUCUCAAGUGCUAUAAAACUGUUUCUACUCUCAAACAGCCAAUUGUUUCCUGUAUCAGGUUAAACGUUUACAUUUUUAGCUGUUUCUGUGAAACGUGGCAGUUGCUCCGCCGAUUUCUCAAAUUUGCCCGCGAACGCGGAACAACUUCAACCCCUUCAGACCUAACGUGCAGUACAAUUCACAAUAAUUUCGUUGUUUCAAAAUAAAUUCGGGAAUUAUCGGUCAAGUAAAAACGGAGUAACAGGAACCUGGUUUAUCGACCGUUGACGCUAAAACCAUUCCGUAGGUUUCUUAUCGGAUAAACUUGAAUUUUAAGCGUGCAACGACAAAAAGCGAGGAAAUAUUUUGAUUAAAUAGUUUAUGAACAUUCAGGUCUGACGGGGUUAAGUGAAAGUCUGAUUUUUAACGAAAACACAAUUGAUACGUUGACCGAUGUGGCAUUUACGUACGAUUUCCAUUGGGAAAAAGAUCAAAGGUUUACUGUGAGGUAUUAAUAAACAUGAAUCUUUCUCUGAUGAACAUGUGUCAGUAGAAAAAAGAAAAAACUGUCAGGUUCGAAACGGACCAGUGAGAAUUUUUCUAAACGUCGUAACUGUCAACGUGCCAGAGGCCGAAUUAAUGGCGGUACAAGCAACUGUUACCGCGUCUGGUGUCUGUGUUUAAAAAAAUAAAACGAUCGGCUCCUACGUUUCUGUCUUUCUUUUCCAGCAUUCUGCUCUACCUUCUCUAUUUUUUCUUUCUCUCUGCUGAACUCUCUCCGCCACUCUGACAAUUCGUCUCCAACAUGUAAAUACCGUGAUUACUGUUUCCUCCGGGACGCCGCGUUCCGCCAUGUCCGUCCAACUCCGUUCUUUCACGGUGCGCUCGCUAUCACAGCGGUUACGUCGUCGAGAGAAGUCGAUCAAAACAAAAACACCGAGCGAAACAAAAGGACGCAAAAGCGAGAAGAACACGACAAAACGAGCAAAACGAAAGCAAUAAAAUGAAAAACAACAGACGAGAAACGUUCGAGCGUGUCGAAGAAGCGUGCACGCGGCUGCAAAACAGUGCGUUCUAUUACAUUUCUCUUUUCUCCUUCGUUUAUUUAGUUUUUUUCCCUUUAUUUCUUUUUGGUUUGUGUGAAGCUUAUAAAAUAAUCUUGUAUUAAUCGCA